AUCUCAUCAACUCGAGUGAUUUCCAGGUUGUGAUAUGUUGCAACGAGCAUGCCGGCCCCCCUUCCUCCCGUCGUGGCGGCAACGUCUCCUGGAUUCGGGCAAGGCGCAAUCAGCUUCCUCCACCCAGGGUACAAUGAGCCCGUCAACGUCCUCUUUCACAUGCCGCGAGUCGACCGCGUCCCCUCCGUCGCUGCAAGCAAUGAGCCGCUGCAGUUUGGCGUCCAUCAUCGAACUGCGCUAGCGGCAUGCCAAAUCGUGGCCAACAACACGUUUGAUGGGUUCCUUGCGCUUGAGAAGACCGGGGCGCAGCGCGUCGACACUUCAGUCCCACCCGAUGGCAUCCUUAUGGCCAGCGAAUAUUACUUUAUUGUUCCGAGCAGCCCUGUAAGCACGUCAAACCCUUCCAUUCGCCCUUCUGCAGCCUCUGCUGGCGGUUUUGCACACGACAUACACAAAUACCCCAUCGUCCCAUCCUUCAGCGACUGGCAGUUCCCGCACAGUCGUAUCCCCGACUUCUGGCCGCGACACGACCAACCCUUGCCUCCCCCAUCACCUGCCCAGCUGGUCUGCGCCGUGACGGGAUAUACCUGGGCCGUACAACACGCGCACCUCGUCCCGAGUAACGAGCGUGAUUGGUUUGUACGUAAUGGAAUGAGCAGGUAUGGCGUCGAAACGGUAGUCGAUAUCGACGAUCCGGCCAACUGCAUCCCACUCAAAUCAGACAUACAUAUGUGCUUGGAUAGCUGGGCCUUUGUAAUCGUCCCCAAACCUCCCGAGGCGCUGUCUACUACAUGUUCUCACGGUAUUGGAGCCAACCCGCCUCACAAUUCUGUACCGUCCCCUGUUGGCGGCACGCAGCAGGCCGAGUACGCGGUACACAUACUCGCCGGAAAGGUACGUGCGUGACAUGGAAGAAGAGCAGCGCGGGCGGCCGCGUAAGAGGGCGAGGGAGUUUUAGCCUCUCCCAAGUUCAAGCAGAAGGACUUGAGUAAAAUGAAAUGGAUAAAGUAAAAGAAACCGAGUAAACGGAAAGGGGUAAAAGGAAAGGAGUAAGAGGGAAAGAGUAA